ACUGGCUCAUGCCGCUCAUGGUAUGAAUGUCAAUUGAACCCCGAACGUUGAACGUUGAACCUCUACUACCUACACCAUGAAAUCGCUCGGACGGUUAACAACAUGGCUUACCGAUAUCAGUCAUAUAGGCCUCCCCUUUAGAGAGUCCAGGUCUGAACUACUGCUUACCAGCGAAUAGGUCAUUGGCGACUGUAACGCUCACUGUACCGUGACAGUGCGUAGUGCCUAUCAAGGUACGCCUACCGAACAUAGACGUGUCUAACUUACUAUAAUUCGGUUUCUGGAGAGAGCCGCUCUACCAAUCUAGGUUAAUCCAGGGAGAGACUAAUGACCUUCUGUCAGUAGCAUCCAAGGGCUUCCGAAUGGCGGGUUCUAUUCUGCAUAACUUCACUCGUCUCAUGCGUACCUGAAUUCUGCCGUUCUCGCUUUUUUUUUCUCCCGCUGUCUGCGACCAUUCCCUGUAUCGCACAAAGAACGUACCAGAAUGAAGGCUUGUCAGCUUCUUGUGGGCAGAGGCUGUUGUUAUUCGUGACAGGAGUCCAUCGAUUUGGACAUUCUGUAACGCUACGCAUCUCCUGUGUGCCUGGCGCAUGUAUAUUUUCUGGACAGCUAAACGAACAGCGAGAUAUACAAGCGCGCAAGUGGAAAGAUAUAAGACCGUGACUUUGGGCUCUGGAGACCUCAGACAAUUUGUCUACACACGUCUACUUCAAUUUACGCCUCUUCCUAAGCAACGCUUCAAGUGUCAAGAUAUUUGCUAUGCCAUCCAUUUCGAGCCAAGAUCCUCAAGGGCAGCUUAUCGCUCUACACAACGCCAAUGUUACUCUUAAUAAAGGCGUUUCUGCUAAGGAAGAUUCGUGGAUGGUUCAAUGGUGCACUACCAAUUGGGCCACUCUGCUACAGCCUGCACCACUCUCCGUUGCUUUGCUCGCUUCGAUCAUCGUUCUCGCAAGCAAUGUAUCAGAUUUCAGUUUGGCGACCGAAGGCGGCCACAAAUGGGAUUUUAUUCACAACAUCAACAGUUUUAAGGGUUGUCUGAUGCAGAUGGUCAAUGCUGGCCAUGAUUCUUUCGAAGUUGCCCACUACCAGAUGGACAUCAUCGAGAAGUCUGCCUCGCUUAUGCCGGCGAAGAUAAAGGAGAUGGUCACAAUCCUCUUCCAAUCUGGCGAAGAUUUCGACGAAACUGAUGAAGGCAUAUUCCUGGAGAAGAUGGCUACUUUGAAGGAGUUAUCCGAGAAAUGUCUGAAGGCAGCUUCUAAAGCUUAUGACGGCUUCACAGAUAUGUCAGGUCUGGCUGGAGAGCUCGUAGAGGCUUGUACAGUUAGAACUGGUGCGAAUGAACAAGAGCUUGAGAAGAACACGAUAUCGGUGGAGGUUCUGAAAGCGUCCAAGGAAAGAUCGGAGACACUUUUAAAGGACACCAGGAAGUCGUUCACAAUGGUACAAGAUGCUUAUGCUAAGUCCCAGGAUGGUUUUCGCAAGGCUGCUGACAACAUUCCUACCGGUUGGGAGCUUGCAGGCAUGAGCACAAUUGACUCUCUGACCAAAUUCGCCAACACUGCCGGGAAUGCUUACAUCACGCAUCUAACGAUGGCUUCACAACUUGCGAUGCAAGGUGCUGGUGUUCUAGCUGGUUCCAUCAAUGCUAAUGCUCCGAAGACGAGUGGUGAUACUGCGACUACUCCCGGUGUUGCGCCCGCCGCUAAUGCACCCGCUGCUCACCAACCUGCAACAAACACCAGGGCGGCUGCUUUAACCGAUCCUGCUAUUCCAUACUUGCCUAUGUUCAUUGAUCAGACCAAGCUCUUCAGCCUUCUGCUGGAGGGCGGAAAGGAUGGCGGGGCAGAUUGGGCACGUAUAUCUACUUCGGACCCGACGCAGAAGUCUGGUGCUCAAUACAUCAAGAGUAAUCUGGAGGAUUUAAAGUCGAAUUUGAAGUCCGGACAGUCUAUCUCUGACGAGGUCACUCCCAUUCUGGAGGGAUUGCUGAAGGAGAUCACGUCGCUCAUCAAGACAGCCAAGUCGCAAGGGAGCGAUGAAGAGAAAGCUAAAGCUAUGAUCCCUGUUAUCAAAAAGUACAACGCAUCCUUGCAGGAACUCUAUACUCGAAUUUUGCUCGCUACCAAUAGCACGGGUGCUGUGCCUCCAACUCCUUUCACUCAACCUCCAGCUGCGGAUACCAAGUCUUCUGCGCAGUUGGCCGUAGAGAGUGCCCGUUUCGACAUCGAAACGCAGAAGGCUGUGUUGGAGAGCACGAAAGAUACGUACGAGAAGUUAACCACGGAGAUGAAUGGCCAAGAGAAAGCCUUGACAGAGACAAUCAAGAAUUUGACCGCAUUGAACUUGCGCAACUUGACUCUCGACAAGAUGCUUCCGGUUCUUCGUCAAGCUGUCGGAGCCUUCUCGACACUUAAGGACCAGAUUGGGACCCUUGUGCGAUUCUUCGGAUCUAUAUCCGCAUUGAUCGACGGUGUGAUGCAGCCAACUGUGAACGACCUCUUGCGGAGUGCUAAAGUUAUCGAGUCGAGCAUGGUUGCCGGGAAGCCAGUAAAACAAUAUCAUCUCGAAAAUAUCUACCAACAGGCCCAAAUUCCGAUGAAGGUCGCAAUGCUUGCUGAAAAGAUCUCAGGUGCUUACGUCCGCGUGUCCAACGAGCACAUCUUCCCGAUGAAAAGUCAGCUCGGACUUUUGAUGCAAUGGCCUCAAACGGGCGACCCGACUAUUCAGGCAAAGCUCGAGAAGCAACAGGCUUCGAUCCAGAAGCAGGCGGAGGCUGCCUCUAAAGCUAUCGGCGACAUGAUUCGAGCAGACCAGGCCGAGUUCGCGAAAAGCAUUGAUACUCGUCUCAAACAGAUCAAUAAGACAUUGGAGCCCAUUCUUCCUCCUGCACCUCGACCUGCUAUCCUCGACAAGGUGGUGAAAGAGCACGUUAAGGAUGUUGUGCAGUCUACCAAAGCAGCUGCUCAGAAGAAUCCCAUUAGCAAAGGGUUGACGCCAAGCCUGGAUGACCUGUAAUUGAACGAACGAACUCUGUUCGUCUAGCUCGUGUUAGUUUUUGAUGUAAGUACUGUACUACUAUCAUACAUGUCCGACGUUUGAAAAUCCGCGAAAACGAAGAGCAAAUAGGUUAAACGAAAAUCAAUACAUAUACCGAAGAAAUCUGACGUGAAAGAACAGAAUGAGAACGGAUAAAAUUUCGUGCAUUUGCUAAGCAUCGAAAAAUCAAAGUAAAAGAUAUUUAGGAUAUGAAGUGGUCAUUGUGAACGUAGAGUGUUGCCAGCAGCACCGACUCGAUCAAAGGAUACGAGUCCCGCUUUCGGAUAUACGUCCUCUUCACGAUCCUUGAUCUAGUAGCGGCUGAACCUCGCAGGAGCAAAGGAGGAGGCACAGGCAGAGGUCGUCGCGUUUUCAAACCCAACGUUAAUGAUGGUUGGGAACGUUGGAUGUGCGAAAGAGAUGUAGGGUCUACCCUAAGUCUCCUUGAACGACGAGGAGGGGUGACGAGACGUAUGGUUGGAGUACGGUAUAUUUCUGCCGCAUCAUCUGGUGCCGAUGUAUCAUCGAGGAUGUCCGCUGCGUAAAAUUCGAUAUUUGUCUCGGAGCAUGUCAAGUCCCCGCUCGCCAUGAGUGAGUUUGGUUCGAACGCGGUCUCCAAAGCCGAUAGCGUCUCUGGUGGUAGC